AUGGCGUCCGUCACCCUCGAGUCCCUCCCCGAUGUCUUGGCCAACGACACCAAGGUCAAGCUCGCGGGCAUCGACGUCGACGGCAUCCUGCGCGGCAAGCUCGUGUCCAAGAAGAAGUUCCUCUCCAUAGCCAAGGAUGGUUUUGGCUUCUGCUCCGUCAUUUUUGGCUGGGACAUGCACGACCAGACCUACUUUCGCGAGCUGGGAAUCAGCAACGCCGGCAAUGGCUACCGUGACCUCGUCGCCAUUCCUGACCUCUCCAGCUUCCGUCGUGUGCCAUGGGAGAACGACAUUCCGUUCUUCCUCGUCAGCUUCCACGACCCGGACACAAUGGAGCCCAUCUGCGCUUGCCCCCGAGGCCUGCUGCGAACCCAGCUUGAUAAGAUUAAGAGCGAAGGAUAUGGCGCCAUGGCUGGAGCCGAGUACGAGUUCUACCAGUUCAGGACGCCAUCGUCCGACCCGGCUGCUUCUAGCGCCCCUUCCACUGCCGCGUACCUCCGCGAAAACCCUCCGCAUUCCCUUCCCGCCUUGACCGAGGGAAUGUUUGGCUACAGUCUCACGCGGCCGGUGCAUAACCAAGACUACUUUUACGACAUAUUUGACACGUGCGAAAAGUUCAACUGCAACAUCGAGGGCUGGCACACCGAGAGCGGACCGGGCGUGUUCGAGGCCGCGCUCGAGUUCGGGGAAAUUAGUGGCAUGGCAGACCGUGCCAGCCUGUUCAAAUACGCCGUCAAGUCGGUUGCGACAAAGUACGGCAUCACGCCUUGCUUCAUGGCAAAGCCGAAGCAAGGUCUCCCUGGUAACAGCGGUCACAUGCACAUAUCUCUGGUUGACAACUCGGGCAAGAACCUGUUCGCCCGCGAAACUCCGGAUGAGGAUGCGCCGUGGCCAGACGUCGCUCAGCUCUCUGACCUUGGCCGUCACUUCCUGGCUGGCCUCUUGGAGGGCUUGCCCGACGUUAUGCCGAUCGUCGCCCCGACUAUCAACAGCUACAAGCGCCUGGUCGAGAACUUUUGGGCGCCCGUGACAGUGUCGUGGGGCCUGGAGCACCGCGCCGCUAGCAUUCGUUUGAUCGCACCGCCGACCUCCAAGCCGGGGGCAACACGCUUUGAGGUCCGGGUUCCGGGAGCAGACACAAACCCCUCGCUUGUGCUGGCCGCUAUCCUUGCUCUGGGCUGGCGUGGCGUUCAGAAAAAGCUUCAAAUUCCUUGCCCACCCCUCGGCAAGGGCGAGCAGGUCGGCGGCGAAAGUGACACGGGCAUCAGACUGGCCAAGAGCCUUCGUGAGGCCAACGAGCGGUUCAUGAGGAAGGAGAGCGUCGCAAGGGAGGCAUUCGGGGAUGCCUUUGUUGACCACUAUGGCGGCACCAGGGAGCACGAGAUCAGGCAGUGGGAUGAGGCUGUUACGGAUUGGGAAAUGAAGAGAUACAUCGAGACGGUCUAG